GCAGCGGCGCCUAUGGCAACUACUAUGGGGCCAGGAGGAAAGCGCGUCUUUGACGGUGAGUCCUUCCCAGAUAUCACUAUGGAGGAGGCUAGGAAACACUCUCCAACUUCAUUCAUGAUGCAGUUUGGGUGCAUGGCUCCAUUGGCUGUUGUGGAGAAGGGUGACGAGCUCUACGUACACCGACUACAAGAGCCGACACGUCCCUGUGCUGCUGAAUACAAAAAGGCGCACAUAGCCAAAGCGGUUAAAGCUAGGGAAGAAAGAAACGACCUGAUGCUUAAAGCCCGCAAAAUGCUAGGUGACUUGGAGCAGCUCCAGGUUACUUCCACGCCAAAAGAGCGUGUUCAGGCCCUCGAACACCAGAAAGUUGACCUCCUGAAUGAGCUUGAUAAAGCUGCUUAUGUUCUGUCUUGGUCGGUGCGCAACGCUCGAUCUAGAAAAAAUGCUAAUGCACUGCGUAACUGUAAGAGGAAGCGUAGUCAAAUUAAGAAGAUGAGAGCUCAACUGAGCCAUGAUGUUAUCCAAGCUGAUAUGCCAUUACAGGAGGAAGGAUCGGAAUAUCCUGACCCUGUAGUUGAGCCUUAUACGUUUUCCCCAAAUCCUCUGAUCACUCAGCCUCAUGAGUUGAGAGAGUUGGUACGCCAAGCAAUAAUGAAUGAAUUCUGGACACGCAUAGUGAUGCGUCCAGAUGAAUUUUCCGGGAUGUCGUCCGUCCAUUGGUGA